AUGCCUAAAACCCAAUUUUCUUCUAUAUCUGUAUAUUGGGCUAGAGAUGCUUUAAUAACAUUUGCUAAAAAAGUUGGAAUGCAAAUCAAUAAUGGACUGUAUUAUGAAAUGAAAAGGGCAAGAGAAGAAUGGGUGAAUAAUUCAGAUGGGUCAAGUGAUUGCUCACUUGGGCAAAAUUAUGACAGGAAUAAUAGUGUUGGGCAACAUUAUUGA